AUGAACUGGCUGUGGAAGGACAUGCGGCUGAGCCACAGCGGCGGUCAGGGCCCCUGGGCUGCGGGGGAGCUGGAGGUCAGCAAGCUCCCGCAGAGCCGGGUGGCCUCACGGAGGCCCACGCUCCCCUGGGCGAGUCUGCGGCAGAGCGCCCGGCUGGCCACCUCACCAAGUCUACAGCAGAGGGCAAGGGUCAUCUCCGAAGAUAACCAGGCGCCACCCCCAGAAAAGUGGGAGCAGGAGGGGGAGCCUCCGGCUGGCAGGGCCCGGGCUGGAGUCUGCCUCGCUGUGGCCGCUCCUGAGCCCGUGGCAGAGGGCAUCUCCAGGGAGCUGCGUGACUCUCGCAUCUCCCCCCGCACCCCUGCCGCGCUUAUGGCUGAGCGGGUGGGGAGAAGGCCCUUAAAUGCAUCCCUGGAGACGGGUGUGCACUCCAGGAGCGCCAGCCACCGGAGACUGUCAGAGAACGAGUGGAACUCGUACCACGAGGAGCUGGUUUACUGCCUGGAGGAGAUCGAGUACAUAAUCAAGAAGCUCCCCGAGUGGGUUCUGGACGAGCCCGCGGAGAAGACGGCCCAAACCCAGCAGGAUGAGUGCUACAUCCACUCGGAGCCGCUGGGCGUGGUCCUCAUCAUCGGCACCUGGAACUACCCCUUCGACCUCACGGUGCAGCCCAUGGUGGGCGCCAUCGCUGCAGGGAAUGCAGUGGUCAUCAAGCCCUCGGAGCUGAGCGAGAACAUGGCGAGCCUGCUGGCCUCCCUCAUCCCUCAGUACCUGGACAAGGAUCUGUACCCGGUGAUCAAUGGGGGCGUCCCCGAGACCACGGAGGUGCUCAAGGAGAGGUUCGACCACAUCCUGUACACGGGCAGCACUGGUGUCGGCAAGAUCGUGAUGACGGCCGCGGCCAAGCACCUGACCCCGGUCACCCUGGAGCUGGGGGGGAAGAGCCCUUGCUACGUGGACAAGGACUGUGACCUGGACAUCGCCUGCCGGCGCAUCGCCUGGGGCAAGUUCAUGAACAGCGGCCAGACCUGUGUGGCCCCCGACUACAUCCUCUGCGACCCCUCCAUCCAGAGCCAGGUCGUGGAGAAGCUCAAAAAGUCCGUGAAGGAGUUCUACGGGGACGAUGCCCAGAAGUCUCAUGACUACGGGAGGAUCGUGAGCUCCCGGCACUUCCAGCGGGUGAUGGGCCUGCUGGAGGGCCAGAAGGUCGCCUAUGGAGGCACUGGGGACGCGGCCACCCGGUACAUAGCCCCCACCAUCCUCACGGACGUGGACCCCGAGUCCCCGGUGAUGCAGGAGGAGAUCUUCGGGCCCAUCAUGCCCAUCGUGUGCGUGCGCAGCCUGGAGGAGGCCAUCCGGUUCAUCAACCAGCGCGAGAAGCCCCUGGCGCUCUACGUGUUCUCCCACAACGACAAGGUGAUUAAGAAGAUGAUUGCGGAGACAUCGAGCGGAGGGGUGACCGCCAAUGACGUCAUCGUCCACCUGUCCGUGCACUCUCUGCCCUUCGGGGGUGUGGGGCACAGCGGCAUGGGCUGCUACCACGGCAAGUACAGCUUCAUGACCUUCUCCCACCGCCGCUCCUGCCUGGUGAGGUCUCUGAAGAAGGAAGAUCCCCUCAAAGGCAGAUACCCCCCCAGCCUGGCCAAGGUGAGAGGCCCGCGGUAA